AUGGAUGUCAUCGGUCCGAUAGAGUCAGCCGCUUCAAAUGGACACAGAUUCAUUUUAGUUGCUAUUGAUUACUCCACCAAGUGGGUGGAAGCACCUUCGUACAAGUCGGUAACCAAGAAAGUUGUAACAAAUUUUGUUCGCAACAAUUUGAUAUGCAGGUUUGGGCUACUAGAAUCCAUCAACACUGAUAAUGGUGUGAAUCUUAACAGUCACUUGAUGAGAGAUAUAUGUGAGCAAUUCAAGAUUACUCACCGAAACUCAACUGGUUAUCACCCUCAAAUGAACGGAGCUAUAGAGGCCGCCAAUAAGAACAUCAAGAAGAUUCUGAGGAUAAUGAUUUACAACCAUCUAUGUUGGCAUGAGUUGUUGCUAUAUGAUUUAUUGGGUUAUCGAACGACUGUCAGAACGUCGACUGGAGCUACUCCAUACUUGCUGUUAACGUUGAUUGAUGAGAAGAGAAUGGUUGCCGUUUGUCAUGGACAGUUAUAUCGACAAAGGAUGAUUCGUGCACUCCACAAGAGAGUAAGAGUUAAAAAUUUUGAAAUCGGUCAGUUAGUACUUAAGGGCAUUUUUACUCAUCAGGAUGAGUACAAAGGAAAAUUUGCACUAAAUUGGCAAGGAACCUACAUGGUUCGCAAAGUAUUAUCUGAAGGUGCUUUGGUCAUGUCAGAGAUGGAUGACACCGCAUGA